CGAUGCAGUUCUGGAAGGUAAGAAAACUAUUACUCCCAUAACUUCAAAACUUUUUCUAGAGGCCAUAUGCGAACAGUCACCGGCAGUAACUACCAUCUCGUCUUUAGUGUCCAACCCACGUGGUCUUGCGGCUUUACUGUUAGCAUUUAGCAGUGAUACUUCAAUUGAUUUUCUCAAUGGAAAGCUUACCAUGUUUUUGGAGCACAUCAAAGCACCAGAUUUGCAGACUAUUCAAGAUGGUAAAGCGGUUCAGGAGAUCAUUGCAAAGCUGAUGGAAGCCCCUCUAACGUGGAAAAGUCUCGUGAAAGCGGCACACGAUCGGGCUUUGAACGAACGUGCUCUUGGCGUAUUUGCAUGGCUUCUUGUGCAGUUGCUAUCGUUGCCGAGUAAGGACGCCACUCAGUACUUGACCGUUGCUCAGGAUCCCUUCAUUCAGAAAGUUCUUCUCGAGUCUUCAUCGUACGAUAUCAAGAGCCAAGGAGAACUAAUCAAGCAAAUCGCCGAUAAAAUAGCUGGGAGCUCAGGCUCGGAGGAGCUAGUUCUGGGGAUUACACAACGUGACCCUGGUGGACGACAUGACAAUGAUUUUCCUGAGAUUCACAGGAUCUCCAUCUAUCCGACCCCCGAUGAGCUGAAAGCAACGGCUAGAUACUUGCCCAGGCCUUGCGAUGCCGAAGACAGAGCUCAGGAAUCGGAUGCUCUUGCUAGUCACAUUGACUGUCAAUUCCGUCUGCUCCGUGAGGAUAUGCUUUGCGAAUUGCGUGAGGACCUUGCAGCGGUUACGCAGCUCAAAAAUAGAGGCAGAAAACCCUUGGAGAUCUUGAACCUCGAGUUAGAAGGUGUGUAUUGCGACCGACGCUUACCCUGGUCCGUGCAACUUCAUUGCACAAAAGGCUUGCCGCAAUUACGUGGUUUGAGAUCUAAUCAACGAAAGAAUUAUUUUAAAAGUAAACAAAAUUUUUUAAGGACUGGUACUUUUGUUUGCCUUUGCGUUGGCCAUGAGUUUGUUACUCUCGGCACUCUAUUUCGAGAUGAGGAACUUCUGAUGGAAUCUGUUUUGUGCGUGCAGCUUCCCGCCAAGAAUUUAAAAUCGGUGUUGGUGCAACUCAAAGAUGCUCGUUCAAACAUACGCCUUGUACUGAUCAAUAGCGCCAUUUUCGCUUAUGAACCAGUUUUAAAGCAGCUGCAAAAUAUAACAGUACUCUCUCUUAGCCAAGAGAUUAUAUCGUGGCGAGUUGGAACUGCUAUCUUGCCCCCAGAAUACAGCUUAGGCUCUUUAAGUACACGAUUAAAGCGGCGAUCAGAAAGCCUUGAGUGCAAUGAUAAUUCGGCUAACCCAUUACCUUCUAUCAGACUGAGAGGGUCAAAUGUUUCUCUCGAUGAGGCUCAAACUAAAUGUUUCCUCGCAGCCCUCCUGCAGAAAGUGGCCCUAAUCCAGGGACCUCCGGGAACCGGUAAGUCCUUCAUAGGAGCACUUAUUGGUAAAACCAUAUACCAAUACAGCACGGAGACAAUACUUGUUGUUUGUUAUACCCACCAUGCUUUGGAUGAUUUUGUAAAAGAUCUCUUGCAGCUCGGAAUUCCGAAAUGUGAUAUUGUUCGUUUAGGCUCAAGUCAAAAGGCAACCCCCAUCACUAAACCCCUGGCUCUGCGAGAACAGAAAGCUUUCCUCUCUCAUUCGCAGAGGGAUUUGGUUCGUGACCUGAAAUGCCUUCUCGCAAAUAAAGAAAAGUCUCUUGAAAUUGCUUUCAACCAAUUCGCUGCUUUCAGAUUUUCCUAUCAAGAUGUCCUCCAUUUCUUGAAAUGGGAGGAGGAAUAUCUCAAAUUCUACAAUGCCUUUAAGGUUUCUGAGGAAGAAGAUGGCAUGAUUCGAGUAGCGGAAGGUGGGAACACAGUACAAUAUGACUACUUGUUACACCGUUGGAUCCGUGGCAUGGAUGCGGGUAUUUACAGAUAUAGUGUCGUAGAUAAAUACCGAGCUAUUUGGGAUAUGAGUAUUGAGCUUCGAAGGAAAACAUGGCAACAGUGGAAUUAUGAGAUGUCAAAAGAAAGGGCAGCUCUAGUAAGGGACGCAGGGAACUCAUACAAUCACAUAAUCAAAGAUUUAGAUUAUUUAUUUUUGCAGAGAGAUCUCUCGGUCAUGCGUUCAAAGCGAAUCAUCGCCUGUACUACCACGGCUGCCGCCAAAUACAGUGAAGCUCUCAGUCGCAUCUCAGCUGGGGUCGUAUUAGUUGAGGAAGCAGGAGAAAUCCUUGAAAGUCACGUGUUGACAGCCCUUGGUCCAAGUACGAAGCAUUUAAUUUUAAUCGGCGAUCAUAAACAACUACGACCAAGGGUUAGUUACGAACUGAGUGUAGAGAAAGGUACAGGGUAUGAUUUGAACCGUUCUCUAUUCGAAAGGCUUAUUCUUAAAGGCUUCCCGCACCACACGCUCUUCACCCAACACAGGAUGAGACCUGAGAUCUCUUCUUUGAUCCGGAAAAUGACGUACUCGGAACUAAAAGACGCUGAUAAUACCUUAAACAGGCCGAACCUCCGCGGUUUCUUGGACAACAUAAUAUUCGUGAACCACAAAGAACCCGAAACCGAGCUCUCAGUCGCUCGUGAGUUUGGAGACUCGAAAGCCGCUACUUCGAAGCAAAAUCGGUUCGAGGCACAUAUGACCCUAAAAUGUGUCCGUUACCUCGGUCAGCAAGGGUACACAACCGAAGAUAUUGUUGUUUUGACACCGUACCUUGGUCAACUGCGUCUGUUGCUCGACGAGUUGAGUGUCGACCAUUCCCUUCAGUUGAAUGACCUCGAUGCGUAUGACCUAGCUCGUGCGGGUUUAACGAGAGAACGAGAGGAUACCGAAGACGCCGAAAAGCCUCGUCUCCGAGUGUCCACGAUCGAUAACUUCCAAGGAGAAGAGGCGAAUAUCGUCGUCGCAUCCUUGACCAGAAGCAAUGCGACUGGUGAUGUCGGUUUCAUGAGUGCCCCAGAGCGUCUCAAUGUUCUUGUUUCGCGUGCUCGUAAUGCACUUAUCCUAAUCGGUAAUGCCGAACACUUCAUGGGCUCUCGCAAAGGUAGUGAUCUUUGGACACGAUUCAUCGGGUUGCUAAAAGAUGGCAUGCAUGUAUACAAUGGAUUUCCAAUCCGUUGCGAGCGACAUCCCGACCGUACUAGCAUCAUACAGAAACCGGCCGACUUUGACACUGAAUCCCCAGCUGGGGGCUGUAAAGAGCCUUGCGGGAAGAUGUUGCAUUGCGGUGAUCACAAGUGUCCAUCCACCUGUCACUCGUCGUCUGAUCAUAGAAAGUUGAAAUGUAAGGUUCUUAUUCAAGCCGAGUGCAUCGAAGGACACGCCUAUACGGCCGAAUGUCACGAAACAAGAAUGAGUGAUGAAUUUCGUAGAACAUUCGGCUUUGAAGGAAACUGUCCCAUGUGCAAAUCGGAAGAUAAAGCGACACGUGAAGAGGCCAGGCGAAAGCAUGACACCAAGGAAGAGAAAGAAAAACAUUCUUUAAAGAUGGUCGAACUCGAUAGAGAAAUCGAACAAAUAAUGAAAAAUUCAUUAAAGACAAUUAAACUUGAACUUGAUAGGAACAUUGAACCCACCGAAAACCUAUUAUCAACUUGUGACAAGGCUGGAGAGGAAGAUGAAGUGACCGCCUUAGAUUCGAACAAUAAAACAUAGCUCCGCAAAACUGAGCGAGGAAACCUUGGCUUCCAACGGAGGCAGAGUUCAAAGGAAGAUGCAGAAUUUCUUAAGAAAUCUUCCGAUUAAAUUUCAUAGAAUUCGUAAGUUAUUUUGGAAAAUGGGACAGAUCGAUCUCGUGGAAUUUGUCCUAAGUCCAAAAUCCAUUCUCCCCCUCCCCUUAAUUCCGUUAAAACUUAAAAAUCCUGAACUUUUGCUUCAGCGUAGUAGACAUCGUAAAUAUAUCUUGAAUUGACUGUUUCUAAUAUUUUCUUCAUAUUGACGCAUAUUUUAAAUUAUACAUUUUAACUUUUACUAAAGUUUUACUGAAAACAGACUUUUUUGAGUAAUGAAUUUAAAUAUUAAAGUAUUUGAAAUUUAUGAUCUCUGAAUUGUUUACGACCGACACUUAUCAAAAUUUUGGAAUACUACACUGCGAAAAGUGCGUUUAAAUUAUGUCCUUUCCGCUUGAAUUCAAGUUUUAUCCGCUUAACAUUCAACGCAAACUAAGCUAGCAUAUUCAUAAUGUAUAUAUGUAUAUUAAUGGCCCUAAGUAUUUCGAUGGUGAAAGCGGAAAACAUGUCUCUCAAUCGCAGCGUUCCAUAUUAUCCAGUGGCGUGGCGUGAAUUGCGAUGUAUCGAUUGAUAUGCCUUUAAACCCGUGGUAAAGAAUCGAUUAUUAAGGUGUUCGCUGCGAACAUCCUAUUAAUCGAUCUUUCCUACAGGUUUAAACGGCAUAACAAUCGAUUUUUCGCAAUUCACGCCACGCCACUGAUAUUAUCAUGUUUUGCGUUAUUUUUCAAAAAAUAUCGAAUGAGUGUAAUCGUUGAAAUUCUCCCAGACUUUUCGACGUAAAUGAAGGAAAAGUAAAUGCCCCAAGAUGUUACGUUCGAUGUAGCAUUUCUUGCAGAAAAAAUAUACUAAACAAUGAAAAUAUGUAAAAACGUGACAAAAAUAUGCAACAUCGCUAUAAGCGUGGUGCGCGUCUUUCGAUUUUCACCACCGACCUGCAAUGCAGCUUCAGCUAUAAGUAAGUGCAUCUUUUUGAUAGUCAAUUACAAACAAUGAUAUCAGCCAAUUUUAAUUGUUGGCUGAAUAGGUAUUCCAUUCCCACCUUUUUGCAAUCUUAUGUCACUUACCUCACGACUCCCAGCAGUCAGGUUAUUUGAAACCUUGAAUUUUAAGUGUCCUACUGGAAGUAUUAAUGUGUUUUCAGUUUUAAGAACUAAAGGAUUCAAAGCAUUCCUUUACGUUUCUCUAACUUUCUUUUAGAAUUAGCAGGACUUAUUUUUCAUCAUUCAUCUUUUUUUCUUCUUUUUUUUUAUUCCUUCCCUUUCAUUUGUUACUUGCUGCUUGCUGUUUCUUGCAAACACCAAUUUUGUCCUCAAAAUGGUUUUAUGUAUCGUAACGCUACAGUAUUUAAUUGUUAUCAAGUAAUUUUUAAAUAUAUUUAAACUUUUAAUUUUUUCAAAAUAAACAAUAAAAGACUAAUUAA